AUGGGACUGCAAGGCUCUGGAGGUGAGCACAGAUGUGGUGUGGUGUCCUGUCAUCCUCUCGUGGCUGGCUUGAUUCUCCCGUUCAGUCGCACUGGCGGCGUACAUGGGUAUGGAUUUCCUUUAUGCGACUGACGUCCGCCCCAUGGCCCCGCAGGCAAUCGCUGAGCACCUGAAGGCGGGGUCCGUGCAGGCGUGCACGCCCGAAGGAGUGAGGGGCUACUUCACCACCUUCAGAGCGGCGCCCAAGGGCGAGCCGACGGACCAGGUGGCGAUUGAUGCUGAGAACGGGAUCUUCACGAUCUUCGACGGCACCAAUGGGUCGCUGUGCGCCAAGUUCCUCAAGGACAACUUCCUGGACAUUCUGCGCUUCGAUCUCUACCGCAUGUUCUCGCCCGUAUUCAACAAGAGGAGACGACGGAACACAGAGGAAGCAGAGGGAGAUAACGGCUCCACCAUCCCCCGGUCGACGGCGGCUUCCCACGUCAACAAGGGGUGGCUCAACUUCUCGGGCAGCGAGCUCAUCUUCGAGGUGCCCUUUGGCCUCCAGGCCAAGUGGAUCGACGCCAUCAGCAACAGCUUCUACGUCGCUGAGCGGAUGUUCUUCCUCAGGAACGAACACCGCGGCUCGUCCGUCGACGACCACCUGUCGGGCGCCAGCGUCGCCUCGGCCAUCGUCACGCCCAUCGGCCUCGUUGUUGCAAACAUUGGCGAGACCGUCAGUGUCCUUGGGGCCGUCAGAAAGACAGCAAACAAUGCCGGUACGCAACCAAACGGAUAGCAAAGGAGUGCGGGUGGACGGCUGGGUAGCUGCGUGUUUGUGCCGGUGAGUGUGUGUGUGCUGCAGUGCAACCCCCUGAAUCGAUGCGCGGAAUCCCCGUGGGCGACCAUGAGAGGCUUGAUUCGUUCCAGAUGACAGCUCGGCACACGUGCGACAGUGUCAGCGAGAGGAAGCGCAUCGCGGGCAGCCACCAGCACCGGCAGAUUUACAGAGACAUGUUCUACAACAGGGGGCUACUCAAAGGACAGCUGCGCAUCACCAGGGCCAUCGGCUCGUACCACCUGAAGGUCUGUCGAGCAGUGGCAGAGAGCACUGUCCAUGGAUGUGUGGGCCUGACCUGAUUGGUGCAUCCUGCCGUCAAUUGUACCUUGUGUGUCGACCAUCAGGACACGAACAUUUGGGAGCGUCUGCCUGAAAAGCACCCAAAGCUUUACAAGUUCCCUCCCGUCCAGCCAUAUGUCAUCUGCAUGCCGGUAAGUAGCGCCUGACACACACACAACAGGGAGGGGACACAGAGGACGAUCAAUCAUCCAUGCGUCUGUCCUGUGUGUGUGUGUUUCCUCAGGAAUACUGCCUACAGGUAAAGGGACAUCGGGAAGGUACAACAAAAAACAGUGCAACCACAGGUAGACGAGAUGCCGUCCUUGCUUUGGUUCAGCAAUACUUUCCCGAAGUCAAGUUCAUGCUCAUGGGUAAGUGGGCAGCCAACGCCCCGCCCCAUCCAUGUGAUGUUGGCGCUAGCUGAAUGUUUGUUUCCUCGUUAACCGUUCACUCAUUCAGGCUCGAGUGGGUUUUGGCAGCUGGUGGACAAGGACGAGGCAGUCAAGGCGACGUACCAGUUCCUGGAGGCCGAAAAGCAGGCCAGACAGGACCUCAUCAACCAACAAACACAAACCAUACCACAACCCGCCGUGGUAACAAACACCACACAUCCAUCCGCGCACACAUAUCAUGGAUCUUCGUAUGGCACUGCUCGUCUCGUCUCGUGUGUGUCGUGUCAGGUCACCACCCCGGCAGCAGCACCAGAUGUGUCCCCUGAGCCGCCUUCACAGCAAGAGAAGGAGGCCGACGACACAGUGGGUGUGGUGCCCUCGCCCCUCGCCGGAUCGCUGGUGGCCCGCCUGCAGCACAUGCUCUUCUCACGCACCACAGCCACACCGGCAUACGCACAGGAAAGCAGCGGCGCGGCCAGCGAGCCUGGGCCGAAGAAACACAAUGAAGAGGCCAAGGCGAGCGACGUCUUGCAGCCGACGAUUGAGCAACCAAUGGUAAGCCAGAGGGAGGGAACAAAGGCUGGUCCGUCCGUCCGUCCGUCCGUCCGUCGAUGAUGGACGCCAAUGAGUGUGGGUGGAUGCGGGGCAUGCAUGUUGAUGGGUGAAUGAAUGGUCAGGGUAUGGAUGUGUCGACCUACCUGAUGCGCAAGGCCCUCUCCGUAGCCGCCAAACGAAACCAGUAAGUGAGACAGCCACCCACCCACCAAUCAGCUCCUGUUGUCUUGUAUGUGUCAUCUAUCUGUUGCUUGGUCCAUCCAUCGAUCCAUCGAUGGAUCGAUGUGUCAGGAUGAUGCAUCUGAACGCCCAGGUGUUUGAGGACUGCCUCCCCACGGUGGCCACCCGGGGUCUGCAGAAACACUUCAACAAAUACGGACUGCCAUACCCCGCUUGCGAAGAACGACUGCUCUCAAAGUGGGUGGAUAGGAUAGGCUAUGUAUCUUCCGCCGUACUACUAUGUGUCCGCUCCUCUCUCUCUCCGUACGUGUGAUUGUGUGUAUAGCCUGAUCAAGACGCACCGCAGGCGGACCAAUCGGGACCUCCACCCACUGCCGUCCACUACAGAAGUCCUCAACGACGGUAUGUACGUCUAUCUAUCAGACAGACAGACAGACAGGCAGCCACACAGACCGAUGGAUGGAUGGCUGUGGUGUGGUGUGGAUUGGUUCAGAUGUGACAGUGGGUGUGCUGGUGCUGCCCAGCAAACUCAGCCGCACCCCUCCCAAAAACAGGUCAGUGGGCUACCCUUGACACGGACUGACUGGCAGAGCAGAGGACCCAUCCCAUCCCAUUCAUCAGCUGGCUCUCCCCCUUGUCUGUGUGCAGGUUUGCCGAUCCCUCUAUGGGUCCGCCUGCGAUCGCGCCUGCCGUCAAGGAGUUGGAGGCCGACAUUCCCAAGUCCAUGCCAGCGCCCGCCAAUGAAGGCAGAUGGAACAUACCCAUGGCGUACGCCAAAACACAGACAGAUAGACAGAAACGGUUUCUGCUCUCUCCAUACACACAACAAACAUGUUGUGUGCAUGUGUGUGUGUGUGUGUAUGUGUAUCUCAGUGACAGGCAGUGGUGGGAUAUCUCGCCCAUCCACAACUACAGCCCCGGUAGCUAA